GCGCGCGGCGACGGCGAAGGACACUCCCUAAAAAAACUAUCAAAUGGCAAUACCAAAGUAUUCUUUUUCCUCCCUCCCCCGUUUUAAAAUCGUCUUGUCGGUUAUUUUUGUGUGUUGUGUUUUGUUUACGUUCUAUUUUGUUAAAUUUAUUACUGCCUCAAAUAAAUGCUGACAUGGAGAAUUAAUGAAGAGGCCUCGUGUGUUUCAUAUUUUGUUAUUUGAAAGUAAACUAUGUUAUGAAGAAAAAUGAGUGACAAUAUUAAAGUAGUUGUCAAAGUUAGACCAUUGAUUUCUCGCGAAAUAGAUAGGAAAGCGGUCAAUCAAUGGCGUGUAAAGAACAAUUCUCUAUACCAGGUAGAUGAAAAUGGGAAAGACGUUGGUCCUUGUUAUUCAUUUGAUAAAGUUUAUGGUGUGGAAACGAAGACUUCUGAUGUGUUCAAAGAUGUAGCCAAACCAAUUGUUGAAGCCGCUACUGCUGGCUUCAAUGGAACUAUAUUUGCUUACGGGCAAACUUCCUCUGGGAAGACUUACACCAUGUCAGGCACAGAAGAUUCCCCUGGUAUCAUACCUCUUGCUGUGCAAAAUCUGUAUGAGAUUAUCAAAAACAUUCCUGACAGAGAUUUUUUAGUAAGGGUAUCAUACAUUGAAAUUUACAAUGAAACAUUGAAAGAUCUUCUAGAUGAGGAAAAGAAAAAUGUGAAAGUUUUUGAGACAUUGGAAGGCGAAGUGAAGGUGGAUGCCAAAGAACAUGUCACUACAUCUCCAGAAGAAAUGCUCAGAUAUUUAAAAGAAGGUGAAGCCAAUAGACAGACCGGUUCCACAAAUAUGAAUGAGAUAAGUAGCAGAUCACACUCAAUAUUCCAAAUAACUAUAGAAUCUCGCGAGCACAUCGAAGGCGAAGAAGAAGCGGCAGGGUGCGUGAACGUGUCGCAGCUGAACCUGGUGGAUCUGGCCGGGUCGGAGCGCGCGGGCCACGCUACCGGCCUCCGCUUCAAGGAGGGCACGCACAUCAACAAAUCUCUGUCCGCUCUAGCGCUCGUCAUCAAGCAGCUCUCUGAAGACCCCAACAAAUUCGCCAACUACCGUGACAGCAAACUGACGCGUAUCCUGCAGAACUCGCUGGGCGGUAACGCGAAGACUAGUAUAAUAUGUGCAGUCACGCCUGCUGCCGUCGAAGAGACCAUCUCCACUCUGCAAUUUGCGAACCGAGCCAAAGCCAUAAAGAACAAGCCAGAAGUGAACGCUGUAGCCACGGACGCGACCAUGAUCCAGGGCCUCACGAAGCAGCUGUCCCAGCUGCAGUCGCAGCUCGAGACCAAGCGCAACCUUGAAGUCAUGCUCGAGAGCAAGAUGAAUGUCGAGGUGAACCUAAAGAACCAGAUAGCAGCACUUCAGAAGCUAAUAUUAAACGGUUUCGGCCAAAGGAGCAGUGCCGAGAUAGUCGGCAGCCGCCGCAAGAACGCUCAGCUGCGCAGAGUCACAAUAUCGACGCUGCAUUCCAUAGAGGAGGACCCCGUGCCCGACGUGCCCAAGUUUUGUACGCCCAGCUUGAAGUAUAAUUCUAUGUUAAUGCCGGGCGCACGCGACUUCGUCCCAAUCCAAGACGAAAGUAAAUUAUCCAGCGUGCCGGAAGAACCUCGACUGAUAACCCCCCCACCUAAUGAAAGGAGGGUGAAUUUCAAAGACGAAGUCAUUGACCUCGACAGCGAUGACGAUGACUCUAUGGACGUCAGUUGCUCGCCAUAUCACAAAUGCCAUGCUUUAUCAAAAACUCCUCCAUGUGUUUUGCGAAGAAAAGCGAAAAUUGCAGAAAAGGAUCUUAAAGACAUUGUAGAAUUGACAAAUAGAGAAAAAAUAUAUAUGCCUGCAGUGGAGGAACUAAUGAAAAAAUUAGAACAUAACACAUCUGUGAUAUCUAAAUUAGAAGAAGAUGUUAUAUCACUAAGUGAAAGUAGCAAGGAAAAGGAUCUAGAAAUUGACAAAUUAAAAUUGAAAAUAAUCAAGUCCGAGGAGGAGAUGAAAGCUGUGACUUCAGCCAAAGAGGAUAUGGAAACAUUAUGUAAAGAUUAUACCACAAAACUUACCGAUUGGGAAGUAAGUUACGAAACAUUAAAACAAAAGACGCAGAGAAGAGAGCAAGAGCUUCUAUCACUUUUAGAUGAACAUCAGAAGGUUCAUAAUAGGACUGAUGACAUCGGUGGCAAGACACUUUCACGAACAAUAGAUAAAGAACUCUCCCAUUUCAUGGACAUGUCUAGAGAUAUAUCCCUUGUGAACAGUGACAAUGAAAGCAGCAUCGCGAACACAAACGACGAUGAAUGUAAUUCACAAAUACAAGACAUGGUCUCGGAAAUGCAGACGCAACUCACUAUGAAAACACGCAGAAUAAUAGAUUUAGAAUCCAAUCUCUUUGAAAAUAACCAAAAAAUCGAAUCGUUAGAAUUGGCCUGCAAAGAACUCCAAGAAAUGCUAAAUAGGUUUCAAGAAAAACUUGGUCAAUCCGAAGAUGAAAAUCAUUUAUUAAAAGCAACAAUCGAUACAUUAAAUUCUACUAUAAAUAAUCAAAAAUCAAUCUUGGAAGCGACACAUGCUGACAUUGAUUCUUAUAAUAGUUUAAUUCAGGAAUUACAAAUCAAAUUACGGCAAAAAGAAAGCAUGAUUGACGUUAAUAUUGAUGAUAGUAUUUUAGAGAAUAUGAUUCAAAACGAAGAGAAGGUUAUCGCUAAUAAUGAAAAUAUAAAAAAUAUAAUCAACUCAUUCAAAAUUGUUCUAGAUUCUCGUAAUAAAGAAAUUGACACACUUAAAUUGAACCAAUCAGAAAAAUCUGAAACCAUAUUUAGUCAAGAAAUUAAUAAAAAGGAAAAACAAAUAAAUUCUUUAUGUGACGAAGUACAACAAUUACAAGAUCAAAUCACGGAAAAUAUUGCUGUGAUUAACAGCCUCAAAUCUGAGAAGAAAAUAUUGUUAGAAUCUGAGCACCAGCUUACCGAAAAGUUGCAUGCAUUGGAGGAAAUGCAGCAUAUAAUGGAACAAAAGAAUAAUGAAAAUUCAAAUCUUUUAGUGCGAUUACAAGCUACUAAUGAUGAAUUGGCUCAGACAGUCUGUGAUCAAAACGAAAAAAAACACGCACUAGUAAACUUGAAUGCACAUAAAGAAGAAUUACAAAAAAGGAUUUACGAUUUAGAAAGAGACAUCGAAGAAAAAAAUGUUCUCAUUGAAUCUCUAAAGAAAGAUGAUUCUGAGUUACAAGAGACCAUGAAUAAAGCCAAAGAAGCGAUAUUAAAGUUGCAAAAAAUCUUGGCCGACUUGACUGGAAAUAUCCAAGAAGUGCCAGAAGUGAUUGACAACUUUGUUGUUGUCAUUGAUAUUCUCGACAGUAACAUCAGUAAACUUGAAUCUACAAUUGUUGGCGUAAUAGAUGAGAAAAAGGCGGAGACCGAAAUUAGCAAACAACUUCGUGAUGAACUUGCACUUCUAAAAGACAAAUAUGAACAAAACACCAAAGAUUUACUAUCUCAUAUUGACUCACUCAAUUCGCAGAGUAGCGAUUAUGCACAACAAAACGAUAACUUGCAAAAACUACUAACUCAAGUUUCACAGGAACUAGAUACAUCUCGUAAUCAACUCUCAAUUGCUAAUGAACAGUAUAAUGAUUUACAUAACAAAUCACAUGAACACAGUAAACAAAUCAGUGCCAAAGAUGACAUUAUAAUUUCACUGCAAGAAAAGUUAAGUAGUUUCAAUGAAGAUAUUUGUAAUCUUCAGCAACAAAAACAACAGAUUGAUAAUGUUAUUCUUUGCAAAAAUUCACUAAUAGAAGAUUUGGAGAUUAAAUUAAAAGGAGUUGAAAUAAGUCUUGAAGAAAAAAGUGCUGAAUUCGUUCAAAUGACUAGAGAAUUUAACGAUUCUCGUAUAAAAACCGAUCGAUUAUUGCAAGAGGUUUUAGAAAAGACCAACAAAUUAACGAAUACUUGCAAUUUGCAAACUAAUUUAUUACACUUAAGUACGGAUAAUGAUAAUAAGUACAAUCAAAUAACUUCCGCUUUAGAUAGUCUUUCGUUAUAUUUAUCUGCCAUAAAAACUGACUCAAUUUCAGAACAUGAUAACCUUAAUAAAUAUCUGGCAGAAGCCAAGCAAGAGAUUGUAUCGCUGUCGCAACAAAAUGUUACAAUAAAGGAAAAUGUUUCCUUGUUGCAAAUAAAAAAUCAAACCCUGAUAGCAGAGUUAGAAGAGAUGCGAACAAAUUAUAAUAAUUUACAACGUGAUUUGAAGCAGGGUAACGAAUUAAUUGAAUCUCUUCAAAGUGAACUUAAAAAUAAAUUAAUAGAAAUUGAAGAUAAUAAAUCAAAAGUUUUAGAGUUGAAAGAAAAGGUUGGAUUCCUUGACAUGUCUACAAAACAAAAAAUCGAAGCAUUACAAAUAGAAAAUGAACGACUCAAAUCAAAAUGUCAGUCAUUAGAAACAAUAUCAUUUAGACAAAGUAACAUUGACAAUUCUGAUUACGAAGAUGAAGAAUGUAACUCAAAAAGGAAAUCUCUUUGUAAUGUAACAGAAUCAAAUGAAUGUAAACCACCUAGCCUCGUAACUAUUUGUUGCAAGAGACUAGAAGAGUGCAUACAGCCAACUGAUAGAUCAUUAACCUCUUCUAACUCUGAGACAAGCGUAAUCUCUAUCGAUAAAGCUACACAAACAAUUAUUUGUCAUUGUGAAAGGUUACUUUCAGACUUGACAACAACUAAUCAAUAUAAUGAAGAGCUUAAAGAUAAAAUCUUACAGCUACUGAAUGAGCGAGAAGAAGUCCGUAAAGAAAUUCAACUUCUCUUAGAACCGGCAAAUGAGCUACAAAAGAGAAUAGUUAAUCAUAGAACAAAUCUAUCUACUUUAACAGCUACUACUUACGCGGAAAACAAGUCUCUGAAGUCACAAGUAACAGCAUUACAACAUCAUCAUACUCGUUUUCAUAUGUUAUGUCAAAGAGAUAUACCUGCCGUGAAAAAGCAGCUAUCCGAACUAAUGACUAUCUUGAAAAAAGAAUCGUCGUUCAUGGACAAAGGGAAUAUAAGUUUCAAAAGAUUUUCUUUACCAGAUACAUUGGAAAACAAUACAACGAUUUCCAGUUUUAAGAACGAUGAAAUAACUUUAGAUGGCGAUCUUUUGAUGUUAGAUACAAAUGUCACCUUAGCGACCUCGGCAGAUAACACUCUAAUGGGCCAUGACCAGACAUGCUUAGAUAUAUCUCAAGCUUUCGUAUAUAAUGAAGUAGCUUGUCAAACUAAUGACGUUACUGACAGAUCAGAAUUAUUUGCAAUUGAUUCUCAAAUUGAGAUUUUAUCUGGUGAUAAUAUAAAAAUGAACCAAAAACUUGAAAGCUUAAAAGAAGAAAAUAUAAAAUUAAGGGAACAAGUAGACAAAUACACAAAACUAAAAGAAGUAAAACUGGAUGUGCAACUAAAUAAUACAAAUUUUAAUUGUCAAAGAUGUGAGAAAUAUGCGCAUGAAGAAAAAGAAUUUCAUAAUAAUCACAAGAGUUUAAAUGAAAAAUUAAUAACUCUGGAUCAAGAAUUAGCUGAUCUAAAAAUGGAAAAAGAUAUGAUUGAAAAUAAGUAUCAGAAUCUCCUAUUAGAUAUUCCAUCGACUGAUGCAUUAGUUCGUAAAUUAAAUAUUCUUGAAAAAGAAAAAAAUACAGAAAUCGGAAAAUUAAUGCAAACUAUAAACUUUAAAAGUGAAGAAAUAAAACGAUUGCAGGAGGAAAAUGAUACUCUUUCUACGCAAGUGAUGGAAAAUAUCGAUGAAGCUGACGAUUUAAAUAAACAGCUGCAAAUUUUAACUAACUCCAAGACAGAGCUUAUGAAAAAGUGUUCAGAAUUAGAGAAGAUUAUCGAAGAAUCUAAACUCGUUAGUAAUCACCCAUGCCGGUAUUGUAAGAAAAAUGAUUUGGGGGGCUCUGUCGUUAUCGAUGACACUAGUGAACUUCAUUCAAAGUAUAACAGAAGCCUCAGUGAAUCAGAUACAUCAUCGAGAUUUAAUAAAAUCUGUACUUUACAAAAUCAGUUGUAUGCCAGUAAACAAGAUUGCAAAGAGUUGUCUGAAGACGUCACUACUAUUAAAAACCAUUUAGAUCGUGGUAACAUAUCUAUAGGGCAAAAUAUAGAUUUAGAUGAUAGCAUGGGAGAAUCUAAUGUUUACACUUUUUCAAGAGAUUUUCAUGGAGCAAUGUCUUUAAAUAUGCCUAACAUUCCUGAAGAACAUGUGAAUGAUAUGUAUAUGAUUGACAGGAAAGACUGUAUUAAUUAUUACUUGGAAGUAACAGGUACAGACAAGGAGAAUCUUAGUGGCGAUUUAAAAAUUAUUGACGUUAUGAAAUUGUUUUAUAGCAAUUUUGUUACAAAACACAACAAUGAGGUUGAAAAUCUAAUAAAUAAAUUAAAGUGCUAUGAAGAGUCCAGAAAAGAGCUAGAAUUUCAUGUUGAUAAUCUAAAGACGGAAUAUUCUAGAAUAACUGAUCAAUUUAACGAAAAGGACAAGAAUUUUCAAGCAGUUGCAAAUAUUUUAACACAGAUAAAAGAUAGUAUGAGUAUUGUAAGAGAAGAAAUCAUUAAAUUUACUGAUGGUGGCAAUAAUACUGUUGCUGUUGUGACUUUUAAAGAAAAUCUCUUAAAAGUUAUUGAUUCAGGUUUAGGCCUCUCGUCUGCUAAUGUUUUCGAGAAGCUUAUAGAUAGCAUAGUAAGGAAACAUGAGAACGAUUUGAGUGACAUUAUGAAUCGCUAUGUGAAAUUGCAAGAACACAUGGAAAUAGUGACUUCUGAAUUAGAUAUAGUAAACAACAGUCUGAUGCAAAUGAAAUCUCAACUUACUGAUAAAGAAAAUGAAUAUAAUUUGUUGAAAGCACAAAAAGAGAGGGUACACGAAAUAAGUAACGCAGUUACACUCGACAUAGUCAAAAAAGAGCGCGAAUUGAGUGAAACUAUACGUAAAGGAUGUCAAAAACUGGUUGAAAGCGACAUCAUAAGCGUGGAAGACAUCGAUUGGUCAAUGCCAUUGAAUAAUAACAUAAAUGUACUUUUUGAUCGUUUCGUAAACCAAUACAGGCUAAAGAGUAGUGAUUCGGAAAACCUUAUAUCAGAAAUAAAUAAAUCGACAACACUAUUACAAACCAAAGAGAAAGAAUUAGAAUCCCUUAAAGUUCAAAAUGAGCAACUGCAUGAUAUAACUAAAAAAUUAAAGAUAGAUUUAGAAGACAGAGCGAUUUUUAUGGAAAAACAUAAAAUCUUAUAUGACGAUUUGAGCAAACGUUACGAGAGUAAAGAACAGGAGAAUGAACAUAAUGUGAGUUUAGUCGCAAAAAUGUCUAAUGAUCUGGAAGUUUUGAAAGGGGAAAUUCAGAUAAAACAAGAUACCAUCGACAAUAUGACAACUGAAUUGAUUAGACACAUGCAAAAUAAUGUCAAAGAGGAUGGAAAAAUUGAAGAUUUAAUGAAUAAAAUAACUAUGUUAGAAAAAGAUAUGUUUGAUCUAAAAACUGUUAACGAAAUUAUAAAGAAAGAAAAAGAAGCUACUGCUGCGGAGUUAUCGAAAUGUGAAGGUAUUAUUAAAAUUAACAAGUCUGAGUUAGAGAAGAUGACGUCAGACAUUUUGGUGUUAAGAGAGUCUGUGAAGGACAAUAUAACUGUGAUAGAUAGUUUGAAAGUAGAGACAAAAUCUUUACUGGACCAGAACAUGCAGCUGAAGCAACAAUUUGAAGAGAAGUGCAGAGAACUGUUACGACUCGAGACAAAUAUUAAGACUCAUGAAAAAACGGCCGAGAUUCAAAGCAAAAUGAUAAUAAGACUCCAGAAGCAAAAAGAAGAAUGUGACAAUAAUAUUAAAGAGAAACACGCUGUGAUAGAAGAAUUAACUGCAAAAUGUACCGCACUUCAGAAGGAAAGUGAAGAAAUAGAUCUAUUGAAGAGUGGCAAAAAAUUGUUGGAGACUCGAAUCUCGGAAUUAGAAAAUGAACUGGAAGGUCUAAAACGCCACACGCCAAAUGAGAACAUAAUGGAAGCAUCUCGGAGACGAAGACAGAGUCUGUACGACUCGCAGCGGGCGUUUGCAGAAAACAAGUUUGACGCCGGAGACCACACGAAGAUUGAAGCUGUGUUCGAGUCCCGCACGAAGCCCGACGACCUGUUUAUGGAUGUCGAUGAAGAUAGCUCCAACAGGAGCACUCCGCUCAGGCUUAGUAAAGGACGAGAUAGCCUACUUUCCCGCAUCGAUCAGAACGAGAAAGAGAAAGAAGACGAGUCUCGGCCGAGUAGCGUGCAAGAGACGCGUCGUCGUCGACAGAGUACUCACGAUCUCCACCGCAGUGUCAGGCACACACCCUCGCCGAGGACUUCUUUAUUGCCGGAACUCGAGCAAAGCGAAUUGUCUUCCCUCCGCACGCGGCUGGCAGCCUGUCAGGAAGAACUGGAGGAGCUGAAGGAACGGUACAAGGAACUGGACGACGAAUGCGAGACGUGCGCUCAGUACCUGCGCGAGAGAGACGCGCAGUGCGCCGCCUUGAAGAGGGAGAAGGCUGUUCUUGAGAAAGUAAUUGCUGAAUUGAGAGACAAGAGUAUGAAUCCAAAUCAAAGCAGUCUGGAUUCCAAGAAGACAUUUGUUGAUGCUUUCGUCAACACGGAUGAAGACUGGGCCAACCUUCAUUCGGUGGUGGUAGACCGCAUGUCGUACGACGCAGAGGUGGAGAAGAAUAAGAGAUUAGCGAAACUGAUAGAGGAGCUGAGAAUGAAGAAGCAAGAACUGAAGAACACGGUCGCCAAGAUGCAGAAACUUUUGGAGAAGAAUUCUGGGAGCAGGGAGUUGGAAGCGACGAGAGCGGAGCUGGAGACGAGCAAGCGGGAGCUGUCGGAGCUGCGCGAGAGACUCCGGGCGCUGGACGAGGAGUGCGACACGUGCUCACAGUAUCUGCGUCAGCGCGAGGCGCAGUGCCGCAACCUUAAGGAGGCCAAGGCUGCGCUCGAGGCCAAGCUGGAGCAAUACCAGGCGGAGAGCACGUCUGCGUCGCGCAGGAAGCGGCAGUCGGCGCACGACCACAACCGCACGCAGCACGAGGCCACCGACACCAGCGACGAUUUAUUGAGUUAUCAAGUGGAGCGCGAUGAUGGCAGGCAAUUGGAGCAGACGCAACGAGAAAUGAAACUGAAAAUGCUGGUAGAGAAGCUGUCGCAGCAGAAGAUGUCGCUGGAGCAGCAGCUGCUGGCGGCCGCGCACCCUGUGUUCGUGGCCACCGGCAGCGCCAUCGUGCAGAACCAACAGUUGACUGACGUCAUGAAGGAGAACCAGAAACUAAAGAAGAUCAAUGCAAAAUUGGUCACUAUUUGUAAGAAGAGAGGCAAAGAUAACAGAGAGAAUGAGGACACUGAACAACGGGGGUGAAAUACAUCAUCAGACGCAUGAUAAAAUUAAUUGUAUGUAAUUAUUGUGCAUGGAAAUAAGCUGGACUUUAAAUUAAUUAAUUGUAAUAAAUCCAGAAAAUUUUAAAGGUAAAAUGUGUUGGUUAUGAUCCAUCCAUGAUAUCCAUGAGGCUCUGGAUAAUACUGGACCACUGCUACUAAUAACUUUUUGAUACGUAUAUUGCUAUCUCUUUUAUAUAUAUAUAUUUUUAUAUAUUGCUAUCCGUGGUUCGAUCUCUCAUUCUUGCAGUGCAGGCUUCAGAAUGAUCUAUAGUUCACUUCAUGGUUAUAUCAAAAUCGAGACUCAAUGCUAUAAAAAACAUUCCUACAGCAUUUACGAGGAUGAUUAGACGAAUUAGUGGUUACUGACACGGAAGAAAUUUUAAGAAGUUGGUGCCAUAGUUAUUUAGCCAUUUAUACUUUUUUGUAUGGUUGUUGUUUAGUAUUAUUAGAAUUUUAACUUAUAGUACUUAAAACAUUGUGGUGCCUAAAGCUAUUUUAUAUUUAUUAACUGGUAAUACAACACAUUAUUUAAUUUCUAUGUAAAUAUAACGUGAUAACUCUCGUAUUGACUACAAUACGAGAGUUAUCAUGUUAUAAACACUAGUUUAUAAUGCCCCUAAUUUAAUUUGUUUUUGAGUUCAAAUUCACAAAUUUUAAAACAAAAUCAGAUUUCUUAUGCUAAAAGUGCCUAUUAUGAAAAUGAUCAUAAUAGAGUACAUACUCAAUAAAUGAUUUUCUUUU